GAUUUGGAACUUGCCCCGGUGUAAGAAUGAAGGGCAACACGGGAUGUUUGUGACGGGAUUUGUGCUCUGGCGAGAGUGCGGCAGGCGGCGGAAGGAUAUAGGAGCCUUGAAACAAAAUAGUCCCCGGAGCAAGAUCGGGCUGGUCCCGCUCGCGCCGUGCCGCAGCGGGAGCUGUGGGGAAUUCGGGAAUUUCUCCUUCUUUUCUCCGCCGUUCUCCCCGCCCUGGGGCCGUCGGGAGAGCCUGGCAGGGGAGUGCUUUCCCCCGGCGGAAGGAGAUCGAUCAGUAGAGCCGGAGAGCCGUGACGCGUCCCUGGAAAUAGAUCCGGCAGAGGCGUUUUUGCGCCAAGUGCAAAAUGGCGGCGGGGCCUCGCUGAGCACCACCCCAUCACCCUUCCAGACCCCACAAUGUACCCGGCAUCUUCCAGUCAGUAGUUGCACCAGGAAUAAAUCUCGUGGGGCAUUAAAAAAGGAUGGAAAAAAAUCAAAUCUGGGGCAAAAAUCACCCAGCCUUGACCCCUACCAAGCAAGUGCUGUCACAGGCAAAGAAGAUCCAAAGUUCCUGUUCCAAAAUAGACCCUCGGUCUCAGCUCGGCCUCUCCAGCACUCAGGGAAAAUUCCAGCUGGGAGCCUUUGGAGGAUCCUGAUCCCUCCAAGGGGGUGAGCUGCUGUGUCUCUGGGGGUCCCCCGGGCCGUGGGGUGCAGUUUGGCUGAGCAACUUCAUAAGAAGCUGGAUGUCACCCAUCUCCUUCCUCUUGGGGGUCUCUGUCACCGGUUCCUAGGUGACAAUCCAAAGACUGUGAUGUCCCUCUGUGAGAAGGGACUGGGGCUGAACCUGCAAGGGGAUAUAGCAAUGAGGACACUGCUCUGGGCUCUACGGUUUUGGGAGGGCUGAGGGCUGCAAGGGGGACAAUGUUCUCUGGCAGCACGAACAUCACCAAAAAAAAAAAAAAAAAAAAAAGCUCUUUAGCUGAAAUGAGGUCACAAACACUUGGGUAUUAUCAGCCAGGGCCACCCGAUGGCUGGGGACAGGCGUGGGACACAGACCUGACUGAGUGGGGACAGUGCUGCCUUGUUCAGGAUUUCUAGAGUGGGAGCAGUGGGGAUGGUUGGGAUUUGGGGCUGACACAGGAAGGGACACUCUGGGCCUCAUACAGGAGUGUCUCCUGUGUGGGUUGGGGAUCUGCAGGAGGGGACACCCCAGAGGUCACAGUUCAGUUUGGCCAGUGCCUGGAGCUGCGGGAUUGUGCCAGCAGCUGUGGCAGGACCGUGGCAGGACUGCGGUGGAGGCAGCUGCCCACCAGAUGUUGUGCAAGCGGAAGGGCACCGAGCUGCAAAUGGUGAAACCACUCAGCAUAGGCUGCAGGGAGGUUCGGGGGUUCCCACACCUUUGGGUGCCCCACGGGCUCUGGUAUCCAUCGAAAAAAACGGGCAUAAGGCUCGGGGGAAAAUG